AUGUCGCUGUCCUCGGUGAAGAUCGGCGAGGAGGUGUGGCUCACAUGCCUCUCCCACGCCCUCACCACCGAGACCGAGGAGGUCAUGGGCCUCCUCCUGGGCGACAUCGAGCUUUCCAGCAAGGGCGCCACCGCCCUGAUAUGGGGGGCGUCGCCGCAGAUGAGGUGCGAGCGGAAGAAGGACCGCGUCGAGGUCAACCCCGAGCUUCUCGCCGCCUCAUCCGCGCAAGCCGAGAUAUCCUUUUCUCCGCUCCCUUUUUUCUUUUCUGAGAUUUUGCUUGUUCCUCUCCCUUUGGUUUUGUGUGGAGUGGUAUUGAGUUUUCUGGGGGCUGGACUUAACUCCUGUUCGCACAAAAUGACGGCCACCAUCAAGAGGGACUACGAGGGUGAUCGGAUGGUACCACUCGCACCCACAUAUCACCGUUCUGCCGUCCCAUAUGUUCGUACCCAAGCAAUGUUUCAGUUGCUGGAUACAGGCUUUGUGGGCCUGAUAUUUUCUUGUUUUAGUGAAGAUGCUCAAAAGGUUGGAAAAAUCCAAGUGACUGCCUUUCAGUCAGAGGGUGGACAACAGCAUGCGCUUCCUCUUUCCACCAUCGCUCCAGUCAUUGACCUUGAUUCAUCCUUUAGUUCAUCAGAUAAUGCGUUCGCUUCACAUUCUGCAUCGGUUGAGGGCAUGGAACAGGAUACAGGGGAUUCCAGGGCCUCAAAGAAUAACAAGGCCUGGAAAAGAUCUAUAGAUUUCUACUCUCAUCCUGACACAAACCAUUCCACAAAUUAUCAACCCAGAGAAAACGCGCUCAUUCUGUACAAUCCUGAUAACACACAAGAAGCGUCUGUUGAUCCAUAUGAUUCAGAUAUGACUCCAAGUCUCCAGGAGGCUUUGCACCGGUCAACUAUGGACAUAAGUGGUGCAGAGUAUAGAGGGAAGGAGGUGCCACUUUUUGUGCUCCCUACAAGGUAUCUCCUCAAGCUGGACACCACGAUGACCUCUUACUGUGAUAUGCAACGAGUCCUCUUUGAAGAGGAGCAAUCAGCAUAUAAUCAAGCUAUGCAACAAAAUAUUUGUGAUGGGAAAAUUCACCCUCUUACAUCCAUUCACCAUACGUCUACAUACAACUCCUCUCUCUGCAAACUAAUGGAGUAUUGUUUGAGUCCAGCUGUUACUACGCUUCAGGAUCGCCUGAAGGAAAAUGAACUUCGGCUAUCUAUGUUACAAGAGGAGGCUAAGCAACUUGAGGCUGAUACCCAAAGCAUGAGAAAUGAUUCUCCUCGUCGCGUCAUGAAUCAUGGAGCUGGUGGCAACAGUUCACCUAUGGCUCAGAGCAGGCAUCCUUUCUCCAACCAAGGGAGCCCUAGAAGCCCAAGAGGUGGCAGCCGGAGGAGGGCUUGUUGA